AUGAGGAGAUUGAAGUGGGUGGGAAAGGGCAGGGAGUCAUCUGGCAGUGGUGUUGGGGGAGGGGCGAAGGGGGCAGGAGGACCCAGGACCCACUGCCUGCCACCUCCACAGAGCUUCUCAGGCCCCAGCACCAUGCAGAACUGCCUGUGGAAAUGCUUCUUGGUUGCUGUGUCCUUGAUCCUCCUGAGCCACUUCCUCCAAGAGAAAAAUGCAGAGCAUCCUAAGUACAGUUUAUCCAUGGAGGAAAAGAAGGUGGUACUGGGGCAGCUAGAUGAGAAGCAAAGCAUCUCUGAAAUCAAGAACCUUCUGAAGACCUUCAAGGACUUGCAGAAAACCUCCCCUCUACUCCAACAUGCCGAGUACAGAUUCCUGGUGGGAGCCCCUCCCCAGGAAAAGAAGCUGCUGACUGUGGGCAUCUCCUCAACGCAGCAUCCCCAAGGGACCCGUCUGCUGAACACCCUGCAGCUUCUGUUCCAGGCUUCCUCAGAACCGGAGCUGGAGUGUAUUGUGGUGCUGGUCUGCCUGUCCAACUCUGAGCCGGAAUGGCUCAGCCAGGUUGCGGCCAACAUCUCAGACCUCUUCAGAGCACACAUGGAGGCCCAGCGGCUGCUCGUGGUCCACAGCCACCUCGGCGGCCCCCCUCUCCCAGAAGAUCUGGAUGAGGCUCAUCCGCCCUCGCCCUGCAAAGGCCUUCACAACCAGCAGAAAAGGGAUCUGGCCCUCCUCAUGAACUUGGCCGCCAACUUCUCUGAAUACUUUCUGCUGCUGGAAGACCAGGUUUCUCUCAUUUCCAAGUUUAUCUCGACCGUCUAUUGGGUGUUAUUAGCCUGGAAAAACCUCCCUUGGGUGAUCCUGGAUUUCUCCAACCUGACCCUCUCUGGGAAAGUCUUCCACACCAGCGACCUCCCCCGCCUGACCUCUCUCUUCCUCCUUUUCCAAAAGGACACUCCAAUGCACCUGCUUCUCUCUGAAUUCCGUCUUCUUUUGGCCCAAACCAUGCCAAUCCAUUUCAGUUCCUCGAUCCUCGACCAAACACAUUCUGAGCUUGAGGACUUCUGCUUUCCUGGAAAGAAGAAGAGGGUCUUUGGUGAACCAGACAACCCCACUGCCAGCAUCAUCACAGACAUGCUGACAAUAUCAGACAAUGUACCACAGUAUGCUUACACACUGAACAAGGAGUGCUACUCCACCUUCAAUCCCAUGAAAGGAAACCACCUGACAGUGAUUCUGGAGAGGCCACACAAAGUCAUCCGGAUCGAGGUGCUGACAGGUUCCAACAAACCAAGGCAGUACCACCUGGAGCAAGGGCAGGUGGAGCUGGGAUUUUACACCCUGGAGGGUUUCAAAGGCUGUGCCCGCUAUACCCUGCUGGGACCACUGGUAGAUGGACAUUUGGACCAGAUAGUAUCUUAUGAAGACGACUCCGCAGAGCAGUUGAGUUGCAUCCGGCUGCUAGUGCUAGCACCCCAGGAGUCCUGGCUCCUGAUCAGGCAGAUUAAAGUCUGGACCAAUGAGUAUGAGGAAGAGAAGAUGUAGCAGCUCAGUGGGAAUCUGGAAGGACAGGGUUUGGAAAUGGAGUCUAUCUGGUGAGCAAGAAA